UUUUGUCAACAUCGGCCGUCAUUCAGACGUCACCGAUAUCAAGAAGGCGAGCAAUGGGGGAAGUACACUCACGAUGACGUCAUGACACUGUAUAUAACGCAAGCUUUCCGCAUAGGGGUAAACACAAAAGAACGCUCUACAUGAAAAGAUUACAUCCCUGAUGAGAAUACAACUCUUGCCGAUGUGUUGCAUGAAAUGGCACUCCGUGGGCCCUCGUUUUCUUUGGAGAUUCGUCGCUUGUUUCGCUUCUUAUUUGCUGAUCCUUGGAGCCAUAAGUUUUGGUCUUGGCAUUAAGUUGAUGGAGUACGCUGAACGGCCCGACUUGACUCCCGUUAUUUCAGGUUUACCGACACUUGUUGCUGGAAUUCUUGGAUUGUUUGGAAGAUUAGGAAAGAAAAAAUGGACUGUCACGUGUUUCACUGUCGCUUGUGUGAUAUCUGGGGUGCUCUCCGUACACAUGACGUAUAGGUUCAUUGGCAAAGAAGUCAAAAAUCUCCCGCUGUACGACGAGCGAUGCCGAUCAGAAAGGGAGGACAGUAAUUAUCACUGCAUUCUUCAAGUCGGCACUGUUAUACUUAGCGUUGUAGCCGCCAUGAUGAUUCCCAUACUUCCAGUAGGACUAGGCAUCUACUUCACAGCCAACAGAAUUCUGAAGAACAAAGAAUGCUAUAUCUUAUGCUGCCUCUCUUUUGGGGACACCUCGCCCUCUCAUGAGAAAGUCCGAGCCCCACCCAAAGGUCACUACCUGCGCGGGAGAGCAGAUGAACCAGUUGCUCGCUACACGUCCACAGGGUCCCUCAGUCACCCAAACACCACAACCAAGACCACACGUCUGAGCAAGGAAGAACUUGAAUACUUACCUAUGAUACCCAACUUCAAAGAUUUAGCGAAGGAAAAUGAUAAAGAUGGACUCGAAUAUCGAGCCGAAGACUUCUACAGCGGUGAUCGCAAAGAUGAAGAGAAGGAAAAAGGUGCCGAAAAGCAGGAACUCAGUAAGGCGAUGUCGCAGACGGAUGUUGUGACAGACGACGUCGACUUUCUUGUUGGGAAUACACUCUAUCGUUAUGAUACUUUGGAGGAGUUAAGGAUGGGUUACUUGGACCAGACAUUGGAAAAGAGGACUCGCGCAAAGGCUGUUAGCGAUGUGAGUGAUAUUCAUGAAAUAGCUCUCCAGAAAGAAAAAGAAAGGGAAAACGAAGCGAAUGAUCAAGAUAGCGCAAAGGACGUGCCUGCAAGAUCUGAAGAGCUUCUUGCAUGUAAUGAUAAUUUAGGAUAUUUAGCACAUACGCCUAAGGAUAAAUGUCCAGAGGGUUUUGCUGACUCAAUCGGUAAUAAAGAAGUGACUCCUUGUAAGCCAAACGAUACAAGUCCAUUACGAACUCGGAGAGGAGUAAAUCUCACUUUAAAAGGAAGUGGCGAUUUUUUUAUCCAAGGCAAUCCCUCAGCAGCUAGAACUGGAAUAAAGCUUUCACGGCCAUGGUCACAUAACGAUUUACAAACAGGUUCUACACAUAUUGACACAUCGCCAACAGACCCCUGGACCCCUAAUCGAACCCCAAGAGGGAGAUUGUCAUUUGUUGAACUAGAUACCACCCUUGCAAUUGACAAAAGACGUCGCUAUGCUAGCGAAGGUGACGUGAGUCCGAGCAAGAGGCCAAUAACUCAAAAUGAUCUCGAGAUCUCAGGAGAUCAUAGGGGGUUCAAAACAGGGGAGCAACUUAAUGUCGAGGAUCUUAGCUUAUAUAGAGAUGAACAAAUGGAGGCAAUAGAUGAAUUAUUCUCUAAACAAGAAAGAGUUUGGUUGAGUAGCAAGGGAGAUAGAGAAGAGAGUUUUGACUUAUUAAUGGAAAAUAAUAUCACAAGAGAGGAACUAGAUGAACUUCUCCCAUACAUAUUAUAAAAUGUCCACAUUAUAUUAUCACACAAAGAUGAGGUAAGGUAUUUGCAUUCAUAUAGGCAAAGGGAACAAGUACCCAUCUUGAAAGCCUAGAAUCAACGUCUCGCCUUUCCUAUUAAUAAUAAAAGAAACAAAAAUUC